AUGACGGUGCGUCGUGGAGCGUUUGGGCUUGCGGGGAGUCGUGACGGUGUCUACACCGUGAAACCUCGUCAUGGAAAGUCCGAGGUGUCGAUCGCAUCUUUGGAGUUUCUGCUCGAUCUCUCGACAUCCGCAGCUAUGCUGCUGCCAAGCACAGCGCUGGCUUUCCAGGCGGGCGUUCCGCUUUGUCUCCUCGUCUUUGCCGCGAUCGCCUUUUCCGACCCCGGCAAGGCCCCUGUCCGAGUCAAAGGAAACUCCGCAGUUGAGGAGCUACUUCGCGCCUUGCAAAAGCCUGGCUACGAGCAGGUGCCGGAUUGCAGCCGCCUGUGCACAGCCACAUUCGUACUGAAGGAUUUGCGCACAAAGUACUGCAAGCAAACGAAGGCGUGCGUGCUGGAGUUCGACCACUUCUGCGGGUGGCUGAAUGUGGCGAUUGGGAGAGGCAAUCAUCGUCUCUUCGUCUUGCUCUCCUUCUUGGAGUUGAGCGUCCAGUGGCUGCACUUGGCCCUUUGCAUCGCCUUUGCUCGCAGCGCUGUGGUGGGAAGUAGUUGGACCGGCUGGCUCUACAACCUGGCAAUGCAGUUUCCUUUGCUGGUCUUUGUUCUGCUGAUGCAUGGCUUCUCUUCGCCAGGCAUCUUCUUCUUGCUCGUCAACCACCUCUACCUCAUAGCGAUCAACAUGACGACCAAUGAGAUGAUGAACAAAGAUCGCUACCAGCACUUCUGGCAGGAG